AUGCUCUUCGCAUUCACCCCAUACAUCAUCAAUUCAACUCCAUAUAUCAAUCUAAUACCACAUUUCCCACAUUUCCCCGCCAUGAACGUCGACCGCCGAAGAAUGUUGGGCCCAGCCUCGGCCGCCACGCCCAUCGUUCCCGCCGUGUCGUCCGCCGCCCAAACGGGCACUUCCGACGGCUCCCACAUCAAGUUCUUCCUCAAAUCAGGCCUCUCCAAAAACGCAAGCGGGCUGGCCUUUCUCGAAACGGGCGAUACGAUCGUCGAGGUGAGCGUCUAUGGACCGCGUCCGAUCAAGGGUCUGUACAUUGAGCGGGCGUCGCUUUCGGUCGAGUGUCGCUUCCUUCCAUACAUCACACAACCCAAUGAGGUGCUCUAUAAUGGGUCGAGCCGGUCCAAUGGCCGUGCUGGGCUCACGGGGAUCGAGCACCGCGUCUCUGCGUUUGUGGAGACGGCGCUUCUUGCGACCAUUCCCUUGGAGAAGUACCCCAAACUGACCAUAGAUGUGUUUGUCAAUGUGCUCUCGUUCAACGCCAACACACGGUCGUUGCUCAAUCUAGCCGCAUGGACGGCUACAUGCACGUCGUUGGCGAUGGUGGAUGCUGGCAUCGAGAUGCGGGACUUGAUCACGGCGGGCCACGUCCAGCUUUCGGGCACAACUGCUCUUUUAGAUCCUACGGUAGGCGAUGCCGACGACGGUGGUUCGCUGGAGUGUGUAGCCUGCUUCACCACGAUGCAUAAUAACGACGUUGUGGCUGUGUGGAUGGAUGGCUCCAGCGACGACGCUGGUCUGGAAGCGUUGACGCUCCAGCUCGAGGCGUGCAAGAAUAUGUCCAACCUUGUGAGAAGUAACGUGAACGGAUAUCUCCUCGGGUUGGCUGACAGCAAGGAGUAG